AUGUCGGGAGAGACUCACAGCCAGGCGUCGCUGCUUGCCGACUUCAAGAAGUUGAGCAAACAGGUGUACGUGCAGGAAAGCGACAAGGCCACCAGCCCAACCACGGGCCUCGACGAACCGAGCCCGUCGGAUCCCACUACCGUUAUCCUCUACAGCUGGGGCGAUGCCCUCCCCAAGCACGUCGCGAAAUAUGCCCAUGGCUACCGCCACCUGUACCCGCACGCCCGCAUGGUGCUCGUCUUCUCGCCCAUCCUGAAAGCCCUCACCCAAGGCCUCGAAACGCGCGCCCGGAACAUGGAGCCCGUCAUCGACGCCAUCUACCCAGACAGGGACGAGAAAACGACCGAGCGGGUGCUGGUGCACGCCAUGUCCAACACGGGCGGAAUUAACCUUGCGGCUACGCUCUACGCAUACCACCAGCGCACGGGCGGCGUCUUCCCCCACCAGCUGCUGGUGCUCGACUCGACCCCCGGCAGCUCCAGCUUCUUUGCCAACAUCGGCCGCUGGUCACGCGCCAUGGCCCUGGGCGCCGCGGGCUGGCUCCCAUGGCCCUUUGUCGUGACCCAGGCGCUGGCGGCUACCUUCCUCGCAGGCCUGCACUUCUACGGCUGGGCCCUGGGCAUCUCGAGCACCGCCGCGUACAGCACCAGCGCCGUCAACGACACCACCCUGUCCGACGUCGGCGCCCGUCGCCUCUAUCUGUACUCCAAGGCCGAUGACAUCAUCCACUGGGAGGACAUCGAGGUGCACGCUGCCCAGGCCCGCGAGAAGGGCUUCGGCGUCGAGGCCGAGCUAUUCGAAGGCACGCCCCAUGUCGGGCACAUGCGGAAACACGCCCAGCAAUACUGGGACGCCAUCGCACGGGAGUGGAUGGAUUCGGCUGCGGCGACAGGAAGUGCAUCUGAGCAAUGA